AUGAUUGUAAAUUUUCGUUCCACUUUUGAUGAAUUUGAUGAUUAUGCUGAUAAAAUAUUCAAUUAUUUGGGUGAUGCAUAUAAUUCUUAUAAUUCACCUAAUUCAUUGUCUGUCAUCGAUCAAGCAUCAGUCACUGAAAAAAAUGAUGAUGAAAUAGAUUCUGUCUAUGAGCGACGAGAAGAGGGUGAAGAUGAUACUUGUGAGUUGAGUGAGCAGAACGCUGAUUCGAAACCGUUAUUAUGUUUGAGUGCAUUAGCUGAAAAAAAUUUUCGAUGUUCAUUAUGUUCAUGUAUGUACAAAUACAGACGAGAUUGUGUCACACACAUGAAACGAAAACAUUCUCAUGAUACUAUCUGUGGCUCUAUUUCUCAAUACAUUCAACGUAUCAAUGCACCACAAAUACUAACAACAGCUACAAAAGAUAAGACAAAUCAACAAUUGGAACACCAAGAAUUAUAUUCAACGAUACAACAUUCGACAAAUGAUCGUAUCCAAGAACUCACCAGAAGUGAUGAGAAACAAUUUUCUUGUCCGUAUUGUACAUUAAUCUCCAAAUCGACAAGUAGUGUUUAUAAACAUCAAGCACGAAAACAUCCAUCAUUUCCAAGGAUUGUGCAUAAAUAUUCGUGUGAAGAUCCUAUGAAACGAAUAUUAAUCGCUGUUCUAAAACAAAAAACGUUAAAAAAAGCUGAAAGAAGCGUUGAUUCAAUGCUACAACAAAAUUUUAACCAUCAGAAUGAAUUAAGUUUUAUACCAGCAUAUACAUCUUCAGCGACACGUUUUGGUUGUCCGUAUUGUAAUUGUAUUGUUGCAAAAUCACCUUCGACUGUAUAUAAGCAUCAGAUGUUAAAGCAUCCAGAAAAUCCUACAGAAGUAAUUAGAUUUGGUGAUACUGAACCAAAAGCAAGAAAACGGCUAAUGACAAGUGUCUCAAGUUCUCACGAAUUACUAUCCGAAAACGGUCUGAAUGAAGAUGAUGUAGAUAAUCAACGCUCGCCAGGAGUGAAAGAAGUUCAUAAAGUAUCCUCUCAUAAGUCAUUCACCCGCAGAUCUGAGAUGAAAAAAUGUCGAUCUAAGCCAACAUCUACGGUAUCUACGUCAUCUACAACAUCGUCAACAACAAAAUGUAAUCAUUUUAUUGCAUCAGAUUAUAUUACCGUUCAAAAUAUUGUAUUAUCAAAUGACAGAGUUAUAAAAAUAUUCCAGUGUUGCAUGUGUAAAUAUCGUGCACGUCAUCGAUCAAAUGUUGUUCGACACGUUAAAAAAAUUCAUGACAACAACAACAACAACAACAAUAAUAGUCAAAAACAAACAAAUGAAUUAAAAACAACAAUGGCUGCUACAGCUAGUUAUGGCAACGAAGCCGAUGAUUGUAUUGCUGAACUUGUUGACAAUAUCGCUGCAGAACAAAUGAUUAAAAAUAAUGCUAUAAAAGAGAAUAAAAGUCCCCUACGUGGUACAAUACACAUAACAUUACCACAGUCAGCAAUGAAGCGUUCCUAUCCAAUAAAUGAGAUUCAUAAACGAAAUUCAACUUCAAUUACACAAGAAAAAUUCUCAUAUGAAGCAACGUUACGCGCUAAAAACAGUGAUUUGAACAGCGCGUGCGCUGAUAUCCAAUUGAAUAUCAAAAUAUUUUUACCUAAAAAAUACGAUAAUCAUCAUGCUACAGAAUUUAACCAAUUUCAAUCUUUAAAGAGUCUGGGUUACCAGCGAUUAAGUACUAUUGAUCAAAAUGAUGAAUGUGAUAGUGAUGAGGAAGAUCUUGAUGGGAGAGAAGGAGAUGAAGACGAUCUUUUCUUUGGCGAAAGUGACGAAGGCAGCAUAGGUGCUGAUAAAAAAUUUAUCAAUGAACAAAAUCCAAUUGAUUUACAUCUCUGUUCAGAAGUAGAAGAAGAAGAUUGUAAAGCUGUUUCACUGCCAUCUGAAUCGAAUCACUACUACCAGCAACAACGAACAAAUAAACUUGGUAAAACUAUCAAUACCUCAUAUUCAUUGUAUAAACCACACAAAUGUUUGAGAUGUUUUUACCGUUCAAAUUGGAAAACGGAUAUGCUUCAUCAUAUAAGAUUAAAACAUUUUGUUUAUGAUGCUACCAAACACGAUUAUCUUUCCAUGACACCUGAAAGUGCAUUUAAUACGUUUUAUACAUAUGAAAAAACGUUUGGUAAAGCAUUAAAAAAUCGUUUAUUAUUACCGAAAAUAGACUAUGUUGAUUGUACUUGGGAAGAAGCAAAACGAAAAUUAUUCGAAAAUAAUCCAUUAUUAUUCGAACAAUAUACGAAGAAAAAAAGUCGAUAUCAUGAUGAUGCGUUAGAAGAACAAUCAGAAUAUCUAUGUACAUCGAUCACAAAUAAUACGUUAAAAACCAUUCCUGUUCAAGUUAAAAAUAUGGGAAAAAAAACACGUAGUUUAAGUAUGACAUCAAAUUUGUGUUAUUGUGAUGAAUUAUCCAAGAGUAACCAUGAACUUUAUCACUCUCCUUCUCAUUAUACAAUGGAUAAAAGAAAAGAUACAUUAUGUUUUGACGACGAGACGAAAACUCGUCGUUCAAAUUAUUUAAAUAUCAUUUAUUUAACAUUGAUUAUACUAACGUUAUUUUGGAAUGCGUAUAAUACAUAUCAAAAUAAUUUAUUAACAAAACGUUUUAAUCUAUUAGAAUCUUAUUUUACUUCGUUACAACAAAGUUAUUCCAAUUUAAAUGAACAAGAAAUUUUUUCUAAUCAAACAAAAUCAAUGUUAAGGAUUUUAUUUGAAAAUGAUUUCAAUUUUUUCUCAGAAUCAAAAUCACAAUUAAUUAGUGAACAACCAACGGCAACAAUCAGUGGCAGACAAGUAGAAAAUGCCUAUAAGAAACUCGUGCGUCAACGUCGUUAUCUAUCACAAAAUGCACAGCCAUGUGAUCGUGGAUUUCCAGGUUUUCCGGGUGAAAUAGGACCUGCAGGAAUAAAGGGAGAAAAGGGAAGUGCUGCACUAGUCUCGCGGACAGGAUUAAAAGGAGAAAAAGGUGAUCGGGGUAACGAAGGUCCGCCAGGAAAAGAUGGUUUUCCCGGACCAUUGCUUCAUGGCUAUCCUGGACCAGCUGGUCCACCAGGUAUGCCAGGUGAUCGUGGUGAAACUGGAGGACCUGGUGUUGAUGGACUUCCGGGUGCAAAGGGUGAUAAAGGCGAUCGAGCAUAUCUAGUUCGGUCAAAAAUGAGGCGAUUUUUAUUAAUAAAGGGUGAACCUGGUCAGCAAGGACUAAAAGGAUCUAUUGGUGAAUGUAGUACUGGCCAGAAAGGAGAUCGUGGAACACCAGGUCUACCUGGAAGUCCUGGAUUACCAGGUGCGGAUGGUAUGAAAGGAGAAAUAGGCUGGCAAGGUCCUCCAGGCAUUAAAGGUGAAAAAGGAAGCCGUGGAGAAAGCGGUGCUGUGCAAAAAGUUGGUUUUAAUUCGACGCACAUCAUCGUUGUGGGUCCACGUGGACCGCCCGGUCCAAAGGGUCGGAUCGGUUUACCUGGUCAACAAGGCGAGAAAGGAGAGCAGGGUAGAUUGGGAUUGAUGGGCGAAAAAGGUGAUCAAGGACCUCCUGGAAUCAAAGGGGAAAAAGGAAGUCAAGUAAAAGGACAACAAGGCGAAAGGGGACCAAUCGGUCUUCCUGGAUUUUCUUCUGGAGAUCGAGGUUUCCAGGGAGAAAAGGGACCGCCCGGGCUGAAGGGUGAAAAAGGCGAAGAAGGAAGACGAGGUCUACGUGUAAGUAAAUUACCUUUGUAG